CUGAAAGAAAAAAAGAACAACUCGUUGCCGUUAUAAUUAUUUAUACGAUAAAUUCACAUAAAUAUAUCGUUUUUGAGAUUUCGAUCGGGAAUCUAAAAUUCUUGGCACUCCGGUGAAUCCGAUGAUUCUUGAUCGAGGAACAGCUGAUCGUCAGUCACGACUCCGCUGACAGCUGACUUACCAGCGGUGGUCGCUCAUUGUUCCUUUUUUUACCCGAGUUAAUUCUCUCGAAUACUUGGAGUCAAGUCUAUGGAAUUAAUCAAAAAAUUUCGAGCGCAUUAGAAACUGUUGAUUAAGUACUCGACGUUGGGUGACUUCACGUAACACAUGGGUUGAUAUCUCUGGUACGACGUUUGACAAGUGUUUAAGAAAAGAGAUCAUUCGUCAAAAUGUCAAUCAAUAUAGACAUAAAAUUGAAGCGAGCGAGCAAAAUAUAUCACGAAGGGGAGGUGGUUGCUGGUUUGAUAUUGUUGAAGACUAAUUCAGACGUGAAGCACGAUGGCAUAUUUCUCACCAUGGAAGGCUCGGUGAAUUUGCAGCUUAGCUCCAAGAAUGUCGGUAUUUUCGAAGCAUUUUAUAAUUCCGUUAAGCCGAUACAGUUAGUACAAUAUACGCUGGACGUCGCUCCUUCGGGUAAGAUUCCCAGCGGUAAGACGGAAAUACCAUUUGAAUUGCCAUUAAAGCCCAGGGGAAACAAAUCUCUUUACGAAACGUAUCACGGCGUUUUUGUAAAUAUACAGUACCUGAUACGCUGUGACAUAAAAAGGAGCUUUCUCGCGAAAGAUGUGAGCAAAUCGUUAGAGUUCAUAGUCGAAGAUAAAGCGAGCGCUAAAGUGGAGAAAGAUCACAGUAAAAUCGUGUUUUUCAAAAUAAUGCCAGAAUCUCUGCAAAACACUCGAGACAGAUCAAAUGUACCAAGGUUUUGCAUUUCGGGGAGAUUAGACUCUUUAUACUGCAAACUCUCUGAACCUCUAACAGGAGAAGUGGUGAUCGAAAAUUGCGAGGCUGUUAUAAAAUCUAUAGAAUUACAAUUGGUGAGAGUAGAAACUUGUGGAUGUGCAGAGGGAUACUCCAGAGACGCAACGGAAAUACAAAACAUACAAAUCGGGGAGGGUAAUGCUUGCACGAAUCUUGCAAUUCCAAUCUACAUGAUAUUUCCAAGGUUAUUUACAUGUCCUACUUUGAGCACGAGCAACUUCAAAGUUGAAUUUGAGGUAAACCUUAUCGUUGUAUUUGAAGACGAUUAUUUGGUCACUGAGAAUUUUCCUAUCAUACUCUCGCGAUAUUAAAAGUUAUUAAAGAAAUAAAGAUAUUUUGUAAAAUAGUAUACUCGUAUAUAUAAAUAUUUAUCAUAUAAAAUAUUUAUUCAAUUGUUAUAUGUAUUUCAAAAAUGUAUAUAAAAGAUGUGUUUCACACAUACACAUUGAUGGACGAGUUAAUUGGAAACUUGACAGGUAAAAAGACUCUAAAUGCGAAAAAUACAAAUCAUACAAACUAU